AUGUCACUGCAAAUGCAGCUUGGAGAUGGCAAACCCACAAAUUUUGAAGACAAUUCAAGCCCAUCUAGCGAAGUUUUUACAUAUCAAGCUCCAUGGCCAGUGUAUUCUUUUAAUUUCUCGAACCAUCCCAGCUAUCCUUUUCAAUUAGCAUUAGGCUCCUUUAUAGAAGAUACAGAUAACAGUGUUCAAAUCAUCCAGUUGCACCCAGAAAUGGGCCGAUUUGAAGUAAAAACGACGAUUCCACACACUUAUGCACCCACAAAAAUAAUGUGAAUCCCAGAUCUUGAAGGUUCCCAUCCUCACCUGAUGGCAACUUCAAGUGAUCAUUUGCGGAUAUGAAGGUCUGAUGAAUCUGGAGUAAAUGUACUUGCAAAUCUUGUAAAUAAUUGACACCAUCUUUUUAGAAUUCGAAUUUUCUGGAAGUAUGCCACCAAUCCCAGGAGAUGGAGACUGGGGCCUUUGGUAGAUGUAAGAUAGUUUGCCCUGGAAGGACAGCUGUCGAAAUCCGAACUCCCAAAGCUGAAGGACUAUUCAGAUCAAGACCAGGCGUAACUUGAUGCAAUACAAGCAGGCUCAUACGAAGCAGAAGUGGAAGCUGUGCAUUCGAUGUGGCAGUGGACAUAGACUUAAAGAAUUAUAGCUAAUUAAGGUCAAGAUAGAUAAUCGACACACUGAUUAUUGUGGCCCAAUCACAAGUUUUGAUUGGAAUGCCAAUGAUUUGACUAUGAUUGGGACUGCAAGCAUUGAUUCUACUUGUACUAUAUGGGCCAAAUAUUUUUCUAUAAUAAUUGAUUAAAUUUAUUAAAAAUUAAAUAUAAAAAUUUUUGGAUAUUAUAUGGGACAUUGAAAGACAGGCUAUGAGAAAACAGAUUUUAACACAUACAAAAGAAGUUAACGACAUUGCAUUUGGCCACGACUCAAACACCUUUGCAAGUGUAGGAGCAGACGGAUCAGUAAGAAGAUUUGACCUACGAAGCCUAGAGCAAUGCACAAUUCUCUAUGAAAGCCAAGGCUACGUUCCUUUGUUAAGGCUGGCUUGGAAUAAAAUUGAUCCCAAUUACAUUGCGAUCAUUAUGAUGGACUCUCCUCUUGUCACAGUCUUAGACGUCAGGUCUCCAGGGAUGCCUUUGGCUAUUUUGCAAAGCCACCAGAACUUUGUAAACGCAAUAUCGUGGGCUCCCAAUUCGAGUUGUUAUAUAUGUACAGCAGGAGAUGACAGACAAGCCCUGAUAUGGGAUUUAAGGCGAAGUCUAGGCGAAAUAAGAGAACCAAUGAUGGUUUAUGGCGCAGAAGCAGAAAUUAUAAGUCUAAGCUGGUCUGUGUUGCAGCCUAACUGGGUCGCUAUAGCUUAUAAUAAGAGUCUCCAAUUAUUAAAGCUUUAA